AUGCAGACACGAUUACUGGUGCUUUGCCUUGCGGCAGCUGCUGUUUUUAGCUGUGCGAAGGGGGCAGAAAGGAUCGAGUUUGUGUAUCCUGAUGUAUUCAACGAUCCAGAGCGUGAUACCUACUAUUAUGGCACAUUCCCUGAUGGUUUCAUAUGGAGCAGUGCUACUUCCUCGUACCAGAUAGAGGGAGGAUGGGAUGCAGAUGACAAGGGAGUAGGUAUAUGGGAUACCUUCACGCACGAGGGUGGUCAUGUCUUCAAUAAUGACAAUGGUGACAUUGCAUGCGACAGCUACAACAAUUACAAGGAAGAUGCUGCCAUGAUGAAAGCAAUGGGUCUUCCAUACUACCGAUUCUCCAUCUCAUGGCCGCGUCUGAUGCCAGACGGCACCGCCGCUAGCCUCAGUGCCGCUGGUGUACGUUACUACAAUAACCUGAUUGAUGAGCUCAUAGCCAACAACAUCUCACCCAUGGUUACACUGUACCAUUGGGAUCUUCCUCAAGCUCUGCAAGACCACGGUGGAUGGGCAAACGAAACCAUUAUCAACAACUUCAACGACUAUGCCAGGGCUUGUUACGAAAACUUCGGGGACAGGGUUAAGCUGUGGAUCACAUUCAACGAGCCGUGGAUCGUGUCUCUCCUCGGGUACGGCAGCGGGGCGUUCGCCCCGGGCAUCGCUGAGCCAGCCAUGUUGGUGUAUAAGGUAACACAUAACAUUAUCCUAUCGCAUGCACAUGCUUACCACACCUAUCAAGAUGACUACAAAUCCUCACAGAAUGGACAGGUUGGAAUCACCCUCAACAGUGACUUCAUUGAGCCGGCCAACCGCGACCUUCCAGCUGAUAUCAAGGCGGCAGAUGAUGUACUUCAAUUCAACCUCGGUUGGUUUGCACAUCCCAUCUACCUCGACGGAGACUAUCCCGAGGUCAUGAAGUCCAACAUCGCUAGAAAGAGUGCCUACCAGGGAUUCAAUGAGUCACGCCUCCCGGAAUUCACCGCCGAUCAAAAGCUAUUCAUCAAGGGGACUGGGGACUUCUUCGGACUUAAUCACUACACCACGACCCUGGCCACCAACGGUUCAUCGGACGAUCUUCUCCCAUCUCAGGCAAGCUACUGGGCCGAUCAGGACAUCUGGUCUUGGAAGGACUCUAACUGGCCCGGGUCUGGCUCCAGCUGGUUGCAGGUCGUACCGUGGGGACUACGUCGCUUGCUCAAGUGGAUCUCCGAGGAGUAUGGACGCGAAUUGCCUGUCUACGUCACCGAGAAUGGAAUAUCUACCAAAGAUGUCUUCGAUUUGGAUGACACCACCAGAGUCAACUAUUACAAAUCUUACAUCAAUGAAGUGUUGAAGGCACUAAGAUUAAGUAGUUAUGCAAGUGACACACAUGACUUGAACACAAACCAACACAAUCGAGAAAUAGGUACAGCACCACCUGCAAUGGCCGACUUUCAACUCCUCUUAGUUGUCACUGCCUGUCUGGCGUUCUUAGUAACCCGAUGUCUCGCGCAAGAAAGAAUAGAAUUUGUGUAUCCUGAAGUGUUUAAUGACACGGAGAGAGACACGUUCCUGUACGGUACGUUUCCCGAGGACUUCUUGUGGAGCACCGCGACCUCCUCGUACCAGAUUGAAGGAGCCUGGGAUGUUGCAGAUAAAGGGCCCAGCGUGUGGGAUACAUUCACCCAUGAAGGGGGACGCGUUACUAAUGAUGACACUGGAGAUAUAGCGUGCGACAGUUAUAACAAAUACAAAGAUGAUGUUGCACUGAUGAAAGCAAUGGGCUUACAGUUCUAUCGCUUCUCCAUCUCAUGGCCGCGUCUGAUGCCAGACGGCACCGCCGCCAGCCUCAGUGCCGAUGGGUUACGUUACUACAAUAACCUGAUUGAUGAGCUCAUAGCCAACGACAUCUCACCCAUGGUUACACUGUACCAUUGGGAUCUUCCUCAAGCUCUGCAGGACCACGGUGGAUGGGUGAACGAAACCAUCGUCGAUCGUUUCAACGACUAUGCCAGGGUCUGCUUUGAGAACUUUGGCGACAGGGUGCCGUUUUGGAUCACGUUCAACGAGCCGUGGAUAUUCACUCUUCUCGGGUACGGUUCAACCAUGUUUGCACCGGGCAAUAUCGUCGAUCCCGCCGUCAAGGUUUAUACAGUCGCCCGGCACAUUAUCCUGUCCCAUGCACACGCCUAUCACACAUACCAGACGGACUUCAAAGCGGCACAAAACGGUCGAGUUGGGAUCACGUUUAACACGGACUUCAUCGAGCCUGCUGAUCGCUCAAAGCAAAGCGAUCUUGACGCUGCGGACAGAGUUCUUCGAUUUAACCUGGGAUGGUUUGCCAACCCCAUCUUCGUUGAUGGCGACUAUCCAGAGGUCAUGAAGAGUACGAUUGCAACCAAGAGUGCCUACCAAGGGUUCAGAGAGUCACGCCUGCCACCUUUCUCCACAGAGGAGAAAGAGUUCAUCAAGGACACGGCAGAUUUCUUCGGGUUGAACGCGUACACCACCGUGUACGCGACCAACGAGACUGCCGAUGAUUUCUUGCAGUCCCAGGCCAACUACCUGAGCGAUCGAGACGCUCGAACCUUUAGAGAUCCUUCGUGGCCCGGUGCGGGGUCCAACUGGCUCAAAAUAGUCCCCUGGGGGAUCCGCCGUCUGCUGAAGUGGGUAUCAGAUGAAUAUGGCAGUGACAUCCCAAUUUACAUCACCGAGAAUGGAGUGUCAACCCACGAUGUUUAUGAAUUGCAGGAUACAAUCCGCGUUGAUUAUUACAAAGCUUAUAUUAACGAAGUUCUUAAAGCUAUUGACAUGGACAACGUCAACGUGAAGGGAUACACGGCCUGGUCUCUGAUGGACAACUUCGAGUGGGCAUCAGGCUACAGUGAGCGAUUCGGAAUGCACUACGUCAACUUCUCCGACCCGGCAAGGCCUCGAACCCCGAAGGCAUCAGCGCUGUUUUACGCCCAAGUGGUUGCUGAGAACGGCUUCCCCGAGCCCAAAGACGAUGCCAUGACCACAGCUGAUGGGGGCGUUAUCUCCCAUGCUCCCGCUACGGCAGUAGUGUCAUUCACGCUCAGUCUUUUGAGCGGCAUUGUCGCGUUUGUGCUCAAUUACUAA